AUGGAGUUUACCAAUAAUGAAAUGGAUUUAUUACCUCACUCACGAAAUUUUGGAGGCAUUAGACAUUGGUUUAAUAACCCUGUGCACUUAUCUGAUCAAGCGAUUCCUAAUUCCAAUAUUUCGCUCGGUAGUCAUAUGGCAUCGGCAAUCGAAAACGUUGGUGCUGAAAGAAGCAAGCUCGCUCAAGGCGGAAACGGAGCAUCUCAAAGUUAUGUGUUGCACGAAACUUCUUCAAAUAUUGACACGAUGAAUGAUCCUGAUCCGGAUUGUCUAAUGACCACACCUGCCUCGAGCCGACAUAAUUCUCACUCCACAUCAGACGCGAAUUACUGUCAAUGCCAAGGGGGUGCUCGCACGAGUGGCAGCCGCGCUGGGAAUUCACGUGCUCCGCCCCUACGCCCUGUUUCUCGCAGCCACCUCCCUAGUAUUGCUAUGAUGCUAAAUAAUCCUCCAUUAAGCCACGCUUCCAUACAUCCCACAGGGAAUUCCCCCAUGCCGAAAUCAAGAUUUGACAAUAGGAUGUCCAUUUCAAAUGCUUCAGACAGUACAAUCGUUCCGCCGAUUUCAAUGCCAGAGCAGCGCUACUUCCUUCUGAACACCCUCUAUCAGAUAUGCCUAGAUGCAACCACAACUUACAUUCAGGCUCUCCCAAAUCAUUCUCGUACUGGCCUCCAGUAUGAACGUCGUCGGUCGUACUCUAACAGAUACCAUCCAUACCGAGGAAGGGGACAGGAAAGAUUGUACAAUGAUGACGGCUCAAAAACUCUCAUGGACAACAUCGAAGUAAUCAGCACAUUUCUUUGGAGAAAAGCGAGAAGAGAUGAGAUGGCGCCUCAUCGAGCUGAGUCAGAUGCUGUUAUGGACAUGAAAAACCUUUACAAGUGGGGAGAAGAUUUGGUCGAUGGUCUGGAAGAAAGGGCAGGGAAUGAAGAGGCGCGAACGGCUGUUUCGCAUGCGGCGAUGUCUUUGUGUGGCUGGUUGAGGGUAAGCGAGGCUUGUACUCUGUGUACAGAGGUGGAAGAGGAACUAAGGGAUCUUACAUAUCUAGAAAGGGAGCGCGCGAGAGAGGCGGGCGAUGGAUUUGGUGAUAUUCUUUGAAGGUUCUGUAUCCGGGACCAUAACGAGGGUCCAACUACGUAGUUUUAACAAUGUCGAAUGCGGACAGUGGCUUCCCAAAAUUUUCUUUUGUCUCUAGAUCAGUGAUUUAUUUAUGGCACUACUAUAGGAGUGAAGUCGUGACAUAUAUAUUUUGUUAAGAAUCAUAAUUCAGUCAAGAAGGAAUCAAUGG